AUUAAAGAUAAUUUGAUUUCAACUAAACAAUAUUAAAAAUUUGUUUGUAUUUAAAAUAAAUUAGAGGUUUUUAUAGAAAUGCAAUCGUCUCAUUAAGAUCAUUAGGAUAAAAAAUUGGUAUGGUUACAGAAAAUUGCAAAAUUACUACAAGAAUAGAAGAGUAUAGAAAUAAUCAAUUUAUAAGCAGGGGAAGGCUCUUAUGCAAAUGUUAUUUUAAUUAGAGAAUUCUUUAAUGAGUAUGCUUUGAAAAUUAUUCCUUUAGAUGAUGGUUUUGGGAAAGUGUGUCCAAUAAAGCUUAGAGAAGCUAAAGAAGAAGCUAAAAAAUUAUCAAAUUGCAAUCAUAUAAAUAUCAUAAGAUACCAUAAAGAGUUUUAAUUAGGGAAUUACUACUUUAUUUAGGUGGAAAAAUGCGAAAUGAGUCUUUAUGAUUGGAUCAAGUAGAAUUAAGACAAAAAAAUCUAAAGAUAAAUCUUUUUAAAAUUUGCUUUAUAGAUUUUAUAUGCAGUGGAAUACUUGCACUCCAGAGAGUUUGUUUUGAGAGAUUUAAGUUUAAAAAAUAUCCUCCUUGACUAGUUUUAGCAAAUUAAAUUAUGUGAUUUUGGUUUAGUUAAAGAUGCAAAUAUUAUUAAAGACUAAAAUUUUUAGAUUUCAUCAAUUAAAGGUGCUCCGCUCUAUUUUCCUCCAGAAAUAAUUAACAAAGAUAACAUAUCAAGCUGUUUGGAAUCAGUUGAUGGGAUUUAAUAUCAAGGAAGAGUUAUGUAAAAUAAACAAGGCGAUGUAUGGGCUUUUGGAAUAUGUUUGUAUCAGCUUGCAGGAGCUUCUUUUAAAGAUGUUGCAAGUCUUAGCUUUGGAAACGAACAAUAUAAGCACUAAAAACUUGUAGAUGAUGAUAUAAAUGGUGUUAUAAGUAAGAUUCUUGAUAAGUUUCAAUUUAAAAGACCAUCAGUGAAAGAACUAAUAGAAAUUUUUGAGAAUCUUAGCUAAAACCUAAAUAAUUCGAUUUAAGAUUAAUUACAAAGUCUUAGCCUUGAAGACUAAUUCUCUAAUCUAAAUAUAUAGACAUAACCAAUAUAAAGGAACAACAAUUAAAAUAUUUCAUAAACAAAUAAUUAAAUUUAGCUUGGACAUAAUAGUAACAGCAGCGUUUUAGGUUUCUCUAAAAAAGAAAACCUAGACAUGGCUGUAAUUGAAUGUUAUAAAAAUUCUAUAAAAAUAAACCCAAAAAAUGAAUAAGCCCUAUAUUAAUUGGGAGUUGAGUACAAUAAAUUGUAAGAAUACCAGCUAGCAACUUAAUGUUUUCUUUAAUUAAUUUAAAUAAAUCCAUAGAAUUAUGAUGCACAUGUUUAAAUAACACAUGCAUACAAUAGAAUGAAAUUAUAUACAGAAGCUUAUAACUUAGGUAUGGUAGCCAUCUAAUUAAAUCCUUAAAACUACAUUGGAUAUUAUGAAUUGGCUUAUACUUUUUACUUUUAAUAAAUGUAUAACGAAUCAAUUGAAUGUCUCUAAUAAGCUAUUAUGUACAACUAAUAAUCUGAAGAAUUAUAUUACUAUGUAGGAUUUGCCUUAAUUUAGUUAUAAAAAUAUGAUGAAAGUAUUGAAUAUUUAAUAAAAGCGUUAGAAUUAAACCCAAAUUAUGACUAAGCCUAUUAACAGUUGGCUUAUAUAUUUAAUAUUAAGCAAAAAUAUGAUUAAGCUAUUUAAUUUUCCUAAAAAGCAAUUGAAAUAAAUCCAAAUAAUGACUCCGUUUACUAUCAGUUGGGAUGGGCUUAUGAAAAAAGCUAUUUAACUCCUCUUGCAAUCGAUUCUUAUAAAAAAUCUUUACAAAUAAAUCCUAAUAAUAAAGAUUCUGCAGAAUAAUUAAAUCAACUAUAAUUCUUUCAAAUAAAAUUUUGA